ACGUGAAUUGACCAAACGACAAACAAUCUACGUGAAUUACCAGUGUAAAAAACUGGAUUUUGAAAAUGGCAAACAGUGACCCUCAAAGUACCGGACCAUUCCAGUAUAAAAGUUUCCAUGUGGAUGACUGGACCGAGUGCCUGCGUGAGUCCGGAAGUUUGCCCGCUCCAGCCGAAUGCUUCAAACAGGCCGUUGGUCCACUGAAAAACGAGUUCAAAAUCGGAAUGAAGCUAGAGACACUGGAACCAAGUAAUGCGACUUUAACCUGCAUCGGUAGUGUUGUGGGAGUUCUCGGAUCUCAACUUCGACUUCGGUUAGAUGGCAGUGACAACUACAACGAUUUCUGGAGGCUUGUCUAUUUGAGAUGCCACGAUGUUAUUAGUUGCUUUUCGAGCCAUUGAAAUUAGAUGCUAAUUUUCUGAAAUAAAUGUUUUAUUUUUCA